UGUUUUCCUUAUGAGACGUGGUGUUGAGUUACAGCACAGCUGAGAACUGGGAGGAGAGAACUGCAGCCCCAGCCCGGCCCCCACCUUUUCUUGGGCUCCUAGGAAGGUGGACGUGGGCACCUAGAGACAGGGCCAAUGACAUGGUGAUCUGUCCUGUGUGUUGCAAUCUACUGAUUCCAGUGUGACUUAAGUCUGCUGUUUACCAGGGUUUAGCCGGGCCAGGCGAGCAAGCACAGAUGCUCUGCUGUGCAAUGCCACGCAGGCAGGGACUGACAGGCAGCAGGAGCCGAGCUUCCCCCUUGGACUGACUGCGGUUUCCCCACUGUGUUCAGGGCAGGGGGUGCUUUCUGGCAACUCUGCGGCUGCUGCUGUUGCUGCUGCUACUGCUUGAACCCUGUCUUCGUUCAGGUAAGCAGGUUCGAAGGGAGGGCAGGCUGCAAAGGAAGUCUUUGUACCAUGAACAAGAUCCGAAAGUUUUUCCGAGGAAGUGGGCGAGUCCUGGCAUUUAUAUUUGCAGCUUCUGUCAUCUGGCUGCUCUUUGACAUGGCAGCUCUCCGCCUCUCAUUCAGUGAGAUCAACACUCGGCUCCUCAGGGAAGACAUUGUACGGAGGGAGCAGAUAGGAUUCAGAGUUCAAGCAGACCAAGAGAAGAUCCUUUCCAGCAGCAUCAGAAAGAUGAGGCCUUCCCCAGGAGGACUUGGGAAGAGGGUGUGGGGGAAAGAGAACUUUAGAAAGAUUGAGGACAGUGUGCUUGAGAUGGGGGAUGAUUUGGAUCAAGCUCAGAAGGAAAGAAAGAUGCAAAACACCCUGAUGAAAGGCAAAGUUUUACCUUUGUGGCAUCCUGGACAUCGGCAGACUCCCACUGGGACUCUGACCAAGCAGAAGGCAGAGGUGAAAGGCAGCAAAUCAAAAGCCUUCUCUUUCCAGAUGACACCACGGCAAACAACAGUGCAGGGGGCUCAGAAAAGUCCAUUCAUAGCAGCAAGAAGAGCUGCACUGGUCAACACCUCAGGAUACACAGAGACUGUCAGUACAAAGCAAGAGAUCCUGAAGACUCAUAGUCUCAGCAGUGACACAUCAAAACAAGUAGCUGAGGGGGACAUCACUGUGACCAUUGAUCUUAGAACUAACAAAACAAAGCAGCAGUCUCAGGCAGUAGCAAAUAAGAGGACACAUCCUGCCAACCCACCCGUGCCAAACUCAGUGGAAGCCACAGCCUCAAAUAAAACUGAGACUCAGAACAAAGAAUUGCAUGCAAAGAAACACAAAGUCCAUAAGGGUCUUCCUUUUUUCAAACUCAUCACUGACUCAAAAGGCUUAAGGAAGCUGUCUAUGAACAAAACGCAGCUGAGAGGCUUGCCAGAGGAUGUUGGUACUCUUAAGGAGCAACUCAAUUUCUCCGAAAGCCAUGUUGUGAUUAUAACCAAGGAGGAGGAGCUAAAAACAGACACCAAAAAGACUUCCAACUCUAAAAUCAAAACUAUACUUCCUGAAAUAGUGGAUAAAAGUCAAGGAAAACAAAUUUCCAGGAUUAGAAGUAAAGCAUCUUUCCCCUCACCUGUUUUACAGAAAGCAAUAGUGUCUCGUACCAGAAAUGAAAUAGAUGAAGGGCUUAGGCCAGCAGGAAUCAAUCUCACUGCCAAGGCCCAGCCUGCAGAGCACAAACAAAGUCAUGCAAAAGUCCUUGUACCUGAAGACCAUGGAAUGCACCAGGUGUUAAAAAUAGAUGUGACACUUUCCCCAAGGGACCCCAAAGCUCCAGGUCAGUUUGGACGUCCUGUCAUUGUUCCCCCUGGAAAGGAAAAGGAGGCACAAAAAAGAUGGAAAGAAGGAAACUUCAAUGUCUACCUUAGUGAUCUGAUCCCAGUGGAUAGAGCCAUUGAAGACACAAGACCUGCCGGGUGUGCAGAGCAGCUAGUUCACAAUCAGCUUCCAACCACCAGCAUCAUCAUGUGCUUUGUGGAUGAGGUGUGGUCCACGCUUCUGAGGUCUGUUCACAGUGUUCUCAAUCGCUCUCCCCAGCACCUCAUCAAGGAGAUCCUACUAGUGGAUGACUUCAGCACCAAAGACUACCUAAAAGAUAAGUUGGACAAAUAUAUGUCUCAGUUUCCAAAAGUUCGGAUUCUUCGCCUCAAGGAAAGGCAUGGUUUAAUAAGAGCCAGGCUGGCAGGAGCACAGAAUGCAACAGGUGAUGUGUUGACAUUCCUAGACUCUCACGUAGAAUGUAACGUUGGUUGGUUAGAGCCUCUUCUGGAAAGAGUUUAUUUAAGCAGAAAGAAAGUGGCCUGUCCAGUAAUUGAAGUCAUCAAUGACAAGGACAUGAGUUACAUGACAGUGGACAACUUUCAAAGAGGCGUGUUUGUGUGGCCCAUGAACUUUGGUUGGAGAACAAUUCCUCCAGAGGUCGUUGCAAAAAACAGAAUUAAAGAAACUGAUGUAAUAAGGUGCCCUGUCAUGGCAGGUGGAUUAUUUUCUAUUGAUAAAAAUUACUUUUUUGAACUUGGAACCUAUGACCCUGGCCUUGAUGUUUGGGGUGGAGAAAAUAUGGAGCUCUCUUUCAAGGUGUGGAUGUGUGGUGGUGAAAUCGAGAUUGUCCCCUGCUCCCGGGUGGGCCACAUCUUCAGAAAUGACAAUCCGUAUUCCUUCCCCAAAGACCGCCUGAAGACGGUGGAGCGGAACCUGGUGCGGGUGGCUGAGGUCUGGCUGGAUGAAUACAAAGAGCUGUUCUAUGGCCACGGGGACCACCUCAUAGACCAAAGGCUGGAUGCCGGCAACCUCACCCAGCAGAGGGAACUGCGGAAGAAACUGAAGUGUAAAAGCUUUAAGUGGUACUUGGACAACGUCUUUCCUGACUUAAAGGCUCCCAUUGUGAGAGCUGGUGGUGUGCUUGUUAAUGUGGCACUGAGUAAAUGUAUUUCCGUGGAAAACACCACAGUCAUUCUGGAAGAGUGUGAUGCAAGCAGUAAGAGUCAGCAAUUUAAUUAUACCUGGUUAAGACUUAUUAAACAUGAAGAGUGGUGUUUAGCCCCCGUCCCUGACAAAGGAGCCCUAAAGCUGAGUACUUGUGAUAACAGAAACUCAGGGCUCAAAUGGCUGCAUAUAUUAACCUCAGUCUUCCAUCCAGACCUGGUCAAUCACAUCGUUUUUGAAAACUCACAUCAGUUGUUGUGCUUGGAAGGAAAUUUUUCUCAGAAGACUCUGAAAGUAGCUGCUUGUGACUCAAUGAAACUACAUCAAAAGUGGAAAUUUGAAAAAUACUAUGAAGACUGAAGAGGAGCCAAUGUUUUUAUCUAGAAAACUCUUUGGAUACUGUGAAAGUAACAGAGAACUUGGUGACUGUAUUUCUCAGUGUCAUUUAUAUUUUCAAUUCAAAUAGCAUUUGAAUGGAAGGUCUUUAAAAGUCAUAAUUUUUGGAAUAGCAAAAGAUUACUCAGGGAUAUAAUCCCCCAUUGAACUAGAGUCCUUUUUUACCCUGGGUGGUCUUUGGGAUCACCUACUUCCUUCCCUGUUCUGGAAUUCAUCCUACAAGUUUCUUCCAGGAAUCUCACAGGUAACUGAAAAUGAAGACAGAUGUUUGGAAACAACGAUACCCAUGAUGGUAGUGCUUUGUAAUAACUACAUUUGUUAUUAUUUGGCUUACAAAUGAAGGAAUAAGCAAUGAGAACCUGUCCUUUAUUGUCUAAUUUUUCAUCUCACAGAAACCUCUAGAAGUCUUAUAGCUUUGAGAUCUUAGACAGAUGCAUAAAGCUAGCACCCUGUUGAAACCCCUCCAGACUAAUACGUGUUUAUUGAACAGUGUGAAAUAGUAUUGGUCAAUUACUGAUAACACUGGCUAAUAGCAAAUGAUAGAUAAUUUUGACCUAUAUUACCAUGUAAUUUGUUUUUAUUUUGGCCUGAGUCAAUGGAGACAAUUUUAAGUGAGAAAUAAGAGACCUUUAAAUAUUCACUUAAUCAUAGAUAGACAUUCUAUACCUUAAAAAAUUAAUGACCUAUAAUUUCUGAGAUUUACGUGGGUAGUUAAAAAAAGAGGCUUGCAACACACUGCCAUCCCCAAAAAUGCUGUUAAUUAUUGAACACACUGUAGUGUAGAACCAUGUGAAAGACUCCAAACAAGUACAGUGGAAACAGCACACUGAAAAAUGUUCCGUUUUUUACAUGAAAGUAGUAAAUUACUACUUCCCUGGGUUGAAGUAUGCUAAAAAUGGCCCCUAAAAGAUUGCAAAGUAUAAAUUAAAAAAGCAUAAUGAAAGAGAAAGAGAAAGGAAGUGAAAUAAACAACUAUUAGAAAGAGAGCUAAGCAAAACAUUGUCCUGGACUUGGCCUACGAAGAAUGGGGACUUGAUACUUCUAAGAGGGAAAAAAAAAAAGCCCUAAAUAUGAACCUAAUGCAGGAAAGCAAGCUAUUUCCUUGCUAUAAAUUAGCUGUCAUCUUACAUAUACCUAUACCAAUACUUAGUAAGCAUACUAGGAAAAUAUCUUAGGAUGGCCUUACAGUCAUUUUGUUAAGAAAAUUGAUACCUUAAGAUAAAUUACAUGUCUAAAAAUUACAGGCCAAUUAGUGAUAGGAUCAGUAUCUGGAGAAAAGGUUCAUUCUACAGCUUUGUUUAGGCCCUUUGGCCUAAACAAAUCAGUUCCACAGCCAUUCUUAGAAAGAGAUAUCUAAACCUCUUCACUGGGGCUGGGUCCCCAUGGCACGCCCAUGUGAAUCAGGCUACUAUUUUUUUCCUUAAAUCUUUGUUCACUUGAGAUGAUGCUAAAACUGGGCAUUUUUAGUUGUUUUUCCUGUUUAAUACUUAAUUUUUAACUUCCAACUAAUUACACAAAAACAGAGCUAUUAACUAAGAGUGGGAAGGGGAACAUUUUUGAACAUUUGUGCCAUAUUCAAAAUGUUUUAUUCAGAUAAUUUACAAUUGCAGAUGAGAUAAAAGAACAACUAGAAAAUGAUACAAUUCGUUUCAAAACAGCCAUUUGGAGGUGGGGGAGGGACAAGUCUGUUGCCGAGAGACUCACUGAAUUACUGACCAUGCCGGUUGCCUUAUAUAAUUCUUCAUAUAACUGAAAAAUUUGAAAGGCCCUCCUCCAGCCUAUCAAACUUCUGUCUUCUCCAAAAAUCAGCUUUCACAAAGAAAAUCAAUCCUGUUUAGAAGAAGAUGGUUCAUAUUUUGAAUAUCCUUGAGGUGUACCAGCCAGCAAAAGCUGAAUAUGUUUCUCAAAAGAAACUUCUGUCUGCCUAACAUAUGUUCUUCCUGAUUUUACCUUCCUGAUUUUACCUUAUUAUAUAAAGCUCUAAUUGAUGGUAUAUUGUCACCAGCACAAAGGAUUGUUUUGGAAUAUUACAUUAUUUGUGCUGGAGGAAAAUUUUUAAAUCCUUUUGUCAUAUCUGUGCUUAAUUACUCUAAGAUUUCAAAGAGCUAAUCACCAGUUAGGAACCUGUGUGGGCCUCCCCUUGAGAAUACUGACUAAUUGUCAAACCUGCUACCUAAAAGAAAACAGGAUUGUCCUCUACAUUUUGUUUCUGUUUUUAGAAGACUAGAAUAGACCUAUAAGUACUACUAUAGCUCUUCAAGAUCUUUUCAUGACAAACUCUCAAAAUGGGCUGCAUGAGGGUCCUAAUCAGCCCUGAUUUCUUCAAAGAGGAGGCUGUAUUCUUGGGUUUGGCUUAGAUGAUUGUCUUUACUAGGAGAAAAUGUCUGCACAUCUUAACUUGAACACUAGAUAAUAUUAAAACUUACAUGAUUAUAGAAAAGUAGCUUACCAAACCAUGUCGGUGCUUCUGUGCCUUUCAGUUUGCACAACUGUGUUUUCUCUUCACCAGUUCCCCAGAGUUCCUACUCAGCUCGCCUGUAGGAUCACACAGCUGCUGUUGGUAAAACCAUCAAAUUUGCCCAGUUCUGCUUGCUGACAUUCAAUGACCUGUCACUAACAGGAAACAUGUGCCACAAUCACAAGGCAUCAUUAGCUUCACCACACUGAUCUGGACACAUACUCUUAGACACAAAACCAUUACAGCGCUGCCUAGGAGGCUAUACUGGGUCCACACAAGAAUUCAGUGUUCCCAGUUGGUCCUGAUUUCAAAAACAGCUGGAAAUGAUUUGUAAGAAUCUCUUGUGAAGAGAAUGGGGUUGAAUCAUACUAGAGAGUAUCUUAUUUUUUUUGUUCAAACAUUUCUAAUUUGUUUCAUGUUCAGCACACAAGAAAGAAUCCUUCCACUGAAGGUCUCAAUAUCUUCUACACAGAUAAGGAAAUUACAAGAGGUGAAGGUAAAAAAGAGAGGAGCUGAUCAUCGCUGAGUAAUAACUGUGUCCUAGGCACUAGAUGGGCUUCAUCCCACUGAGUGGGCCAGGCUGGUGCAGUCUCCUUCCCCCCUUAACCCAGAUAAGAAGGAGUCUCCACUGCACUGAGGUAUAAAGAGACAAAACUCAGUUACCAUCCUAACUUGGUUGCCCAGGAAUAUUCAUUCUCUACCCCAUAUAACUAAUUAGAGCCAUCAGUGCAGGAGGGCCCAGUUAAAAUUCCCUUUUGAUUGUAGACUGUUGACAUUGCAGAUAUUGUGACGAAUUGAACUCAAAUCAUUUUUUGCCUGUCUUCACUGUUGAACAGAUAGGAAAUGGAAGCGGGAUCGCAGUUAAGCAAUUUGUGUGGAGGCGUAUGUGUGACUGGUGACUCUACGUGUCAUGACAGGUUCUAUACCCUUGACUGGUUAUUUUCCAUUUUUACUACCACAUAUGAGAAACAGAAAUAAACACGGAGUGUGGCUUUCUCUGUGAAUAAUACCAGCUCCUUCUUCACCCUGUCUUUAAACAAAGCUGAGACAUUGUUCCAUUUGAACACAAAUGAAAAAUUUAAAAAUUGAAGAAUCCUUCAAUUUAAAAUGUCAAACCAUGACUUUCAAUGGUUUAAAAUUCAAAACCAUGACUUGUGUCAAUUGUCACUAUAAUACUUUUGCAACAACCACUGUAUAGGUUAUUCAGAAAUUACUGCAAGCCAAAUUGUUUUCAAGUAAGAAAAAAAAAACAAAAACAAAAGCUACUGUAUAAAAUAUUUAUUCUUUUAACAAGUACUCCAUCAACAAAUUUGAAUGAGCCAUACACAAUAUUUUAUUUCUCAGCAAUGCCAAAAGGAUGGUGUUUCAAGCAUUUGCAGUACUCAUGUCCAAGAGAAAGAAAAAGAUUAAAAACAACACCACACAAAGAGGAUUUAAUGCAUCUGUUUUCAAGCUUAUGGAUCAAUUAACCAUUACUAUUUCAAUUAGGAUCUCUUUGCAAGUUUACCUGAGCCUUUGCUUUGUAAAAACAAGUGAAAAUUCUCAUUUUCCAGCACACUGGGAAACUUUGAAUAUGCCAAGCUCUUCAUAAGGAAGAUUGCCAUAAAAUAAGUAAAAAAUAAUUUCUUUGAAAGCAAAGGUAUUCAUAUAAUAAAAUAUUUCUAUUUUAUUAUGAACUGAUAGACAUUUGCCUCAAGAUAUUCACUAUAAAUAUAUGUAUGAAUAAAGCCUUUACAGUAGGUGUUGAAAUAAAAAAUUUUGCUAACAUGAAUAAAGAUUUUGAACUUUGAUUAUUUGAAAAUAUCAAUUUUUGUAAAAAUGGAUGUUAUAUUUGUGUAUGUAUGUAUGCACAUGAUGCUUUGAAGGAACCAAGAGUUUCUACAUGCAACAUAAAGGCAAUAUUAAAAAGUUCACAAGUACUUUUAGCUUUCUUGUAAAUGUACAGUUUUGUCAAUAUCUUCCUUCAGCACUUUUACCUUGGAUACUGUUCUACAAGUUUAAAGGAGUAGUCAGAUUCUAAAUUAUCACUAGGUUUAUUCUUCCAUUUAGGAUUAGGAUAAUGUUUGUGCUUCUCCAGACAACUUUAGCCUUAAUUUUAUAUAUAUUCACUGCUGCAGGAAGGAAGUGGGCUUAAAAACAAGGGAAAUCAAAGAUCCAGUGGGUAAUUUUGUUGUUUAACUGAAAACAUUUGCUACUGGGAGAAGAAGUUCAAAACGAUAGAGGAGAGAGAUUUUCCAGUUCCUCUGAGCAUUUUUAAGUAUCCACCUUUUUGCCUCUGAUCAACUGACAUUAAUAUAAAGAAGUCAAACUUAUAAUUUGAAAUUUCUAGAAAAAUCCAAUUACUUUCUAAAUUCAUUCUUAAAAUUCUUCUGAGGUAGCAGUUAGUGACUAGAUAGGACUGGUUUAUUUUAAUCUUGUAUCUGGGUGAUUUCUGCCUCCUUUACUUCUUGGGUCAUUGUUUGAGUUGCUUGUAUGGUCCAGUUAUUUGCUGUUCUUCAUGAGCUUGUACAUAUUUGGUCUUUAUAUUUAUGAUGUUAUGUUAUGGCCUGAUAUUUUAAUAUUGGCAAAAUAACGUUUGACGUUACUUUUUAUAGCCCUUUUGUUUUUAUAGAGCAAUGAAAGUUCAAGCUUUAAGAGAAGUGGUUGCCUUUCUCAUAUGGCCAAAACAUAUUUCUUCUUUAUUAUAUGCUAGUGUUUCAUCUUUUUCCAUUAUUUGUCUAUUAUUGCUUAUUUAAAAUGUUUUACCUACCACUGUGAAAAACGUAAAUGUCUGUUCUCCAUUUGUAAAUUUGCUAAAAAUGCUACCCCACAAAAAUAUGCAGAAACAAUUACAAUAAAAGUGUCAUCAUUGUUGAAAUGUAUGCCUUGGAUGAUUAAAAGAUAAACAUGUCCUCUUCAGGUUAUUGGUAGGAAUGUGCAUCUAAAACAAUAUCUCAGUUUCUUUCACAGUAAUAGAAAUUUUUUGUGUGCAUUAAAUAUUCACCAACUAGAAACUCUUUUUGUAAUUUCAUAUAUAAUCCUUUUAUGACCCUUCUGCAAUAAAUAAUGCAAAUUAUUUGGAA